AUGCCUUUAAGCGAGCAAACAUUCGCUAGAACUGGAUUGAGCUCGAAAAGAUUAGAAGAUAUCAAAUCUUAUAAACUAGAGUCUCUUAAAAGCUCAGAGAAGUACUACUAUAUGAUGAAUCUCAUUGUUUUGUUUUUGGCGGUGUUCUUCAUGGUUCAAGGUACAUCAGAAGCCCAUCUAGAUAUCACACUACCUUACCGAUUUCGAGGCUUGGUUGGUGAAGGUCGGCCGUUUUCGAAAAAAGAGGAUGUAAGAGCUCCCGAGCGACGAGCGCAAUACCAUAGUUUGGAAGACGAACUCCUUUCGCCUCGUCUUGGAUUCGGCGCAAAUAGUGUCUUAUCACCACGAUUUGGUUUCUUUCUUGAACAGCCAAGCUGGAAGUGA